AUGGAUGCGAAAUCUGACAUCAAAAACAAUGAUAUUAUCAUUCCCAGAGAUAAAACAUCAAAUGCUGUUCAACGUCCAAGACGCAUUGAAUACUCAGAUAAUGUCGAGCGAAAUUGUGGCACUGAGGAAAAGACUAUUGAAGGGCCAACAGUUGAAUUGCGGCGGAAAAUUGAUCGAAAACGAGCGGAUGUGAACAAGAAAUUGUGGCGUAGAUCAACGAUGGAACGAAGUGGGUUGCCUCCACCACCUGUGCCUCCUGAUUCUCCACCAACUUCACCGGAUUCCUUUACAAAAAACAAAACACCACCGCCAAUAUCUCCUCCAAUAAUAACCAGUGUAUCCACGCUAAAGUCAAAUGUGUCCUCAGUAUCCCCCACAAACAAUAACGUAUCUCCUCCGAUAUCAACAGAGAAGAUGUCGAUAUCGAGAAAAAGACAAUCGCUAAUCAAACGUCAGAGUCUUCCUCCGCCGCCUUUACCACCUAGUUCACCUUGA